UUUUAAGAAUGGCCUUGAUCUAGUUUGUUAGUGCUGCUUGCCGUUUGGUACCCUGCAUUGUUGUUGAUGGUGUGAUGUUCAGUGCGCUACCAAAUCUCGACAUGAAAUAUUUGUGUUGUGUUGUGCUUAUAGUUGUUUCGGUGGUGGUCCCAGAGAUGGAUGGUCUAACCACCGGCACACGACAGACGGAUAGUCUAACCACCGACACACGACAAUCUCAGUCAUGUAGCACCAGCGCUGACUGUGAGACCAGCUCGUGUUGUCUGAGUCCCAUCAUCAGGGAUGGGAGGAGGCAGGUGGGAGGGAGUUGUGUGGCGAGAGGAAGCGAUGGAGGAAGCUGUUACGUGCGGAAUGACCAGCUGUUGAAGGACCAUGACGUCACACUGUACCUUGACCUUUGUCCAUGUCAGCCUGACCUAGCCUGUGUGGGCACUGGAAUGUACGAGGUACCACAGGGGGAGCAAGGUAUUUGCACACCUACAGCAGGUGUAGGGAGGUGAGAUACCUGAGUGAGUUGUCUGCCCUGACAGUCAUGACAUCAUAGUGGUUCCCACAACUGGCAGGAGGUAACCUUGUAGAAAAACAUUUUUAUCUGUUGCAGACAUCAUACAACCGUUCCUUCUGGAGUACAUACAAGUGGACACACUUUAUUUCACACACACACAUAAUUUAGCCAAAUAACAAAAGACGUGCCAAAUUAAAGUUUUUUGUUUUAUUUUAUAUGCAGC